AUGCGCUGCUCACUCCCAGCCAAGCUCACCCUCUUGCUGCUGGCCUGCUGCGAGCAGGUCAUUGCCUCGGUCCAAGAUGCAUCACAACAAGUAGUGCUUGGGCCCCAGGACGACAGCAGCAAGAUCAAGUCCGACCUCAACCCCGAGCAUGUCGUCGACGAGUCCAUCCUGGCCGCCCUCGCAGCGAACCCCGACCCCGUCGAUGCCCUCAUCUCCCUGCGGCCCGAGAUGGCAGCCCAGCUGUCCGAGUCGAGGCUGAUCCACGUGCUGGGCGAGGACAAGCCGCGGUGGAUGAAGGAGGGCGACAAGCUGCGGCUGCGGCGGGAGAGGAAGAAGUUCAUGGACAUCACCGACCACCAGGAGCUGUAUGCUGAUGGCGGCGUCGGUGCCUGGUCUGGGAAGGCCAACCUCCCCAAGCUGACCCACCAGCGCCUCGUCAGGCCGCUCUUCGCCAAGGUGUCGACCUCGCGCAUGCACGACGUGCUCAAGCACCUGUCGGGCUACUACAACCGCUACUAUGGCGGCGAGACGGGCGAGGAGUCGUCGCAGUGGCUGCACGACCACAUCGCCGACAUCGUCGCCAAGGCGCCGUUCCACACCCACAUCAGCCUCGAGGUCUUCACCCACCCCUUCCCGCAGUCCUCCAUCAUCGCCCGCUUCGAGCCAAAGGUUCGCGACCACGACAAGCCCCUCACCAUCAUCGGCGCCCACCAGGACUCGGCCAACUACCUGUUCCCCCUGCUGCCCGCCCCGGGCGCCGACGACGACGGCUCCGGCACCGUCAGCAUCCUCGAGGCGUUCAGGAUCCUGGCGGAGAGCGGCUACAUCCCCAAGGAGGGCCCCGUCGAGUUCCACUGGUACGCGGCCGAGGAGGGCGGCAUACUGGGCAGCCAGGCCAUCGCCGCCUACAAGAAGAAGGAGGGCGUCGCCAUCGGCGCCAUGGUGGAGUUCGACAUGACCGGCUUUGUGGGCCGCAACGCCACCGAGAGCAUCGGCUUCAUCAAGACCGACGCCGACGCGCCCCUGACGAAAUGGGCCGUCGAGCUCAGCACCGAGUACAUCACCUCCAUCCCCACCAGCGUCUACGAGCUGUUCCCCGGCGCCGGCUCCGACUACAUGAGCUACACCAAGAUGGGCUUCCCCGCCGCCUUUGCCUCGGAGGGCAACCCCGUCGCCGGCGGGUUCCCCGGCGAGUAUGACCCGUAUAUACACACGGCCAACGACACCAUCUACGUCGAUGACGACAGGGGCUAUUUCUCCUUUGACCACAUGGCCAGGUUCACUGAGCUCGCCAUGGCGUUUGCUGUCGAGCAGGCCGGCUGGGAUAAUAGCUGGAGGUAG